AGGAAAAAUCCCAAACUUGGUUGCCUGUGAUUGAGAAGCAUGACAUUCCCAUUGUGGUUGGAGUUGGUGUUUCGUUAGCAUUCAUCUUCAUUGCCAUGGCCUUUUACUCUCUGGUUCAGAAAAAUGAUCCUGCAGCUGUACCAACAGGGAGGGCAGCUCUGAGGGGAAUAGGUGGGCCUUGCAGGCAUGGUGAACGUCUUGCAAUGGAAAGGACAUACGAUAACAAGGCAUUUGAAGAUGAUAAUUUGGUGGUUGUCAUUGAGCAAAGCCCCAACACAUCAGAGACAAAAGCGCUCUCAACAGAAGGCAGCCCAUCCACCUCGAAGAUGGAACCACCGUCCGAUGACUUGCAAGAGUUUGUCCAGUCCAGCCAGGACCUGCCAGUUAUUGUAGAGACUCACCCAGAGCCUAGAGAAGAAGACCAGUUGGAGACAAUAUUUGAGGAGGGGAAGGUCACUCCCUCAGCAGAUUCUGACAUCCAGCUUCAGUGCAUGGAGGACUGGAGGAGCAGAGAGUUUGAACCAGCUCAGGACGCCCCCUCACCUCCUCCAGCCGAUCCAGCACCUGCCCAGGAGGAGGGUCUGCGCUCUUCCCUUACCCUCCAGACCAGUGAUCCCUCCUCAACUCCUGUGCGCCACAGCAUCAGUAUCUCUCACAGUUUCUCUCCCCUCUUGCUGUCCCAUUGCGUGUCCCUGGGCAUGACCUCUGUGGCUGUGGAUGUGCGUUUCUACCCUUCGGCCCCUUCAGCAGCCGGCCAUCCUCCAUGCCCUGCCUUUGGACCCCCAGGCCAACAGGUGAACACCAGGCUGGAGCAUGAACUGAAUGCACCCUCUGCUAGCCACAGUAAAUAACAAGAGUGUGUGACAGAUGUUGAACUCAUGAGAAAGCUCUUUUUUUUAAAUGCUCAACUCAUAGGGCAAGAUAUGGUGCUUAUGUUUCUCUUUCUCUUUUUUUAAAAUGAUUGUCAAAUUUCCCAUGAUGAAUGGCUGCGUCUGAAUUCCCAUACUUUCACAGUAUGUACUGAAUUUGAUUUAUACUGGUAAAUGUUUCCGGUAACAUUAAUGCUGGUAAAUUACUAGAAAUUACUAAAAAUAAAAAAGAAGAAACAAAACUUUAAAUAAAAUAUAUUCAUAUUUGAUGUCACACAUUAACUUGAAGGAAUGUCAUUUUACUGUCUUCAACCUUAAAUAAUAUGGCAGUUCAUACUUCUAAAACCCAUAGUUCCCAUUAUUUUACAGGAAAAUUAUAUAUAAUGCAAUGUUAAAUAAAUUAGUUUUUAUCUUGUGGUGCAUCUGAACAGUUAACACAUUAACAAGUUUUUUACCGUAGCCCUUUCACAAAUAUUUUUACAGUGGGGCAUUAGGAAAGUGUGAUAUAAUUACAAAAUGUUUUUAAUUUGAUAAUCUCAGUAUUUAUGAAUUAGCUUUGAAAAGUAUUUGUUUUAUACUAAUACCAGCCACUAAACUUAAUAAGCCACAGUUUUUGUGGUCUAUGAUAUAUAUACUGUAUAUGUGUGUGUGUGUGUGUGUGUGUGUGUGUACUCCACAUACAACUUUUUUAUAUUGCUCAGAAGGCAAGUACACACAUUCAGACGCAAGGAACAAUUGCAGGUAACAUUUAUCUUUCCUCUAAUGCCAAGGACUUAAUAAUACUGUAAGUAUUUAAGAGGAAUUAAAUGUAUACAUUAAUAUAUUUAUGAAAAUUAGAUAGUUUUCAGUAUUUUUUUUUUAAACAGUUCAAAGAAAAAAUGACUUCUACAAACCUAGCCACAGCAUUAUAUGAAAUAUUGUUGGAAAAGGUCUCUACAGUAAUGGAGAGAAAAUGCAAAGGUUUAAUAGAACUUAAAAAUUGUAAAAAGGUUUUAUUUGUGCAACAACUCGACUGUUACUUCUGAUUGUGCCAAAGGUUAAACCACCUUAGCUAUUUCUGUGACUUGUAUUGUUAAACAUGAAUCUUAAGAUAUUGUACUUCAUGGGCAACCAACUGUUGUAUCUUGCUUUUACUUAAAAGUAAAAGUUACCAAUUAAUAAAACUAAGUCUCUUGUUGACUUUUUUGAAGUCAUGUUUUAAAAAGCGGAGACAUCAUUAUCAUACCAUCUACAUAAUUUCAUU